CGUACCGCUACUUGUUUGUCAAGCAAAAAAAAAAGUUCCGCUUCUGUCUGCAAGCUUCUGUCGGUAUAAAAACCCUUAAUAACACCUCCACCCCCCGAGGAAAAAAAACCCCUCCGUCAUGUCACCACAUCACGACGCACCUUCUCCUGCCAACAGCUUCACUCAAGACUCGGGCUUCCAUCAUCCUGUCCAAGCCGUCUACACCGACAACCGCUACACCGACUUUGACGCCAGCUCCAUGACUUCCAACGAUGUUGGCAUCCGGCGGUCGCUGGUCCCGGGCAUCUAUGUCCCUACCGUAGCCUUUUUCGAGCCCAAUUCGGAAAACGUAGACGUCGAGACGGUAGCCAGCCACGCAGUCCGUCUGGCAAAGGCUGGUGUUGCUGGCAUUACCACUCAAGGGUCCAAUGGCGAAGCCGUUCAUCUCUCGCACAAGGAGCGCGAUCUCAUUACCAGCACCACCCGCAAGGCUCUUGACGAAGCUGGCUUUGGCUACAUGCCAGUCAUUGUCGGAUGCGGCGCCCAGUCUACCCGGGAAUGCAUAGAGCUCUGCGAAGAGGCUGCCUCCGCCGGCGGAGACUACGCUUUGGUCCUUCCUCCAGCAUACUACCAGGGCUUGUUCUCCAAAGACACAGUCAAGGAGUUUUUCCGCGACGUAGCCACUGCCUCGCCCAUUCCCAUCCUCAUCUACAACUACCCCGGCGCCGUUUCGGGACUCGACCUCAACUCAGAUGUCAUCAUUGACCUGGCUCAACAUCCAAACAUUGUCGGCUGUAAGCUGACGUGCGGCAACACCGGAAAGUUGAACCGUAUCGCAUCAGCAACCCGCGCAGCUACCGUCUCGGAUCCAGGGUCGGGCUUCAUGUGCAUGGGCGGCUCAGUCGACUUUACUCUCCAAACCCUAAUCGGCGGCGGCUCGGGCAUUAUCGGCGGCAUGGCCAACAUCGCCCCCAAGGCGUGCGUCAAGCUGAUUGAGCUAUUCGAGGCGGGCAAACUCGCAGAGGCCCGCAAGCUCCAGGCUGUGGUUGCCAGAGGCGACUGGGCAGCCAUCCAAGGAGGCAUCAUUGGCACCAAAGCCGCCCUCAUGGCACACUACGGCUACGGAGGCUAUGCCCGCAAGCCUCUCCCCAGGCCUUCCAAGGAAGAAUCCCGCAAGUGGCGAGAUGCCUUUGAAGAACUCGUCCAGGUCGAAAACUCUCUGUAAGACUCUCGACUCAGUCACCAAAAUCACUUGACUCAAACUUGCCGGGUCAAGCUGCGUCUCGUUUCCAAGACAUGUCUCUGCACUGAACCUGGCGUUUGGAUGCAGGCUGCAUGCUUCAGAUGGCGUUUUUCUUCCUUUUUUUUUUCUUUUUUCCCCUUUUUCUCUAUCUUUCCGAUACAGUCAAUCUUGAUUGGCAAGCGCGUUAUCCGAUCAAAAGGGUUCUGCUGAGAAAGCAAGCACGGCUCACACACCAAAAGCCUUUAUCGCUUCUGAGCCAAUACGUUUUUUUUCCCUUUUUUUUUACCAUGUUGCAUAGCAGUGAGCGGGCGGAUAUCUGUCGUUAGCGCAGUACUUUUUAUCAUUCCAACCAACGAGUAGUCAUUAAAAUACGACCAUGUAU